UCCAAAUACGCUCGGCUCAUUGCAUAGCUAGCCCCCCCUUUUUACUAGAAUCUAAACACCGUUUUAAAACAGCUUGGAUGAUUUUGUUCAUGAGUUUGCUUGUUGUGUGAAAUCUGAGGAAAAGCGGUUUCUAUCUUGUGGUGGAUUAUUUCUACUCGUUGAUGAAUUAAAGGGAAAGCGACUGCCAUGACCACAGACGAGGCGGAGAGCGUUCAUAAGAAGCAGGUGUGUGAGCAGCAGCAGGAAGAGGAGGACCCUGCUGCACAGGAGCCAGGCCCCGCUGACACCGCUCAGGACAACCCCUCUGGCACCUCGCCGCCCCCCAGGGGCUCGGAGGAGGAACAGGAGCUGAAGCCACGCCAGCGUACCUCCGCUGGCCGCAGCCUCUCCCGCCUCUUCUCCUCCUUCCUGAAGCGCCGCUCACAGUGCUCGGACGGUGAGGGGGUGGAGACAGAGAGGGCCCGGGACAAGGGCAGCCAGGAAGAACCCAAAGCUCCCAUAGCAGACCCCGAGCCGGAACUGCGCAUAGAGGGUGAUGUUGCUCUAGACCAGCACUCAAUCAGCAGUGCUGAAAACCAGCAAAUUGUAGCAGAUCAGAAGACAGACGCCGAGCUGGAGUCCGGCAAGGCAGAAAAGGGGGAGAAGGGGAAGAAGAAGGAGAAGAAGGAAAAGGAAAAGAAGGAGAAAGCAGACAAGGAGAAGCCGGAGAAGGAGAAGCCACAGAAAAAAGAGAAAGCAGAGAAAAAAGAGAAAGCAGUGAAGAAAGAGAAAAAGGAGAAAAAAGAGAAGAAGGAAAAGAAAAACGAGGACAAGGCCAAGGGAGAGGAGGGAGAGAAUGACAAGGAAUGUGAGAAGGAAAAAGAGAACGUAGAGAAAGAGGCCAAGCCGGAAGACGCAGGUGCGGCAGAAACAGAGGUAAAGGAGGAAGGAGAAAAAGAGGAAGAGAAACAGGAGGAGAACGCAGUGGCGGAGGAGGAGGAGGAGGAGGAGGAGGAGGCAAAGAAGCAGAAAACAUCUCGCCGCCCCAGGGUCAUGAACUGCAAAGUCAAGCUGCUGGAUGAUACUCUGUUCGAGUGUGAGCUUGAAAAACAUGCCAAAGGCCAGGAGCUGUUUGCAAAAGUGUGUGACCACCUGAACCUGUUAGAGAAAGACUAUUAUGGUCUGGCCAUAUGGGAGACACCAACCAUAAAGACAUGGCUGGACUUCACCAAGGAGAUCAGACGGCAAGUACAAGGCACUAAUUACGAUUUCACAUUCAAUGUGAAGUUCUACCCACCUGAUCCUGCCCAGCUAUCAGAAGACAUCACCAGGUACUACUUGUGUUUGCAGCUGCGGAAGGACAUCAAGAACGGUAGCCUGCCCUGCUCUUUCGUGACCCUGGCCCUGCUGGGAUCUUACGCCCUGCAGUCUGAGCUGGGCGAGUACGACCCCGAGGUGCACGCCACUGACUACGCCAAGGAGCUCCAGCUCAUCCCAGGACAGACCAGGGAGCUGGAGGAGAAAGUCAUGGAGCUUCACCGCACAUACAGAUCUAUGAGUCCGGCUCAAGCUGAUAUGAUGUUCCUGGAGAAUGCUAAAAAACUGGCCAUGUAUGGGGUUGAUCUCCACCAGGCAAAGGAUCUGGAUGGAGUGGAUAUAAUGCUGGGGGUCUGCUCCAGUGGCCUGAUGGUGUAUAAGGACAAGCUGAGGAUCAAUCGAUUCCCCUGGCCAAAGGUUCUCAAAGUCUCCUACAAACGCAGCAGUUUCUUCAUCAAGAUACGGCCAUCUGACCUGGAACAUUAUGAAAGCGCCAUUGGCUUUAAGCUGCCCAACUACAAGGCCGCCAAGAAACUGUGGAAAGUGUGUGUGGAGCAUCACACAUUCUUCAGGUUGACGUCCACAGAAGCGGCCACCACUCCCAGGAAGUUCCUGGCUCUGGGAUCGAAGUUUCGCUACAGCGGCCGAACUCAAGCCCAGACCCGCCAGGCCAGCUCCAUGAUCGACAGACCCGCUCCGCAUUUCCAGCGCUCCGCCAGUAAGAGGGCGUCCCGCAGCUUAGAUGGAGCCAUGGUCUCGACCCCAGAUAAGAACGCCCGUCCCGUCAGCGCUCCCAUCAUGUCUCCCAUCUCCCCAGGCGACAUGGCUGCUUCCCCAAUAGCAUCUGCCGCCCGCACUGACCGUAAAGAGACGUCCACACCCACGGGCCGUCCUCGCUCCACUGAGAGGAAGAGUGAGGUGAAGGCAGAGGCCCAUGUGACAGAUGGCUCCAAAACACACAGCACCAAAGCAGAGGGCACACCUGAAAUCAAGACGGUAGCCCGGCGAGAACGGCGGCACCGUGAUGCCCCGGUGGUGACGGCCACCAAUGGGGAGAGAAAGAGCCAGUCGCCAAGAGCGGACACAGAGAUGGUGCGCAUGAGGAAGAAAAGAGCUAAGAAAAUUGAGGGUGAAACUCUUUAUAUCAGACAUAGCAAUUUAAUGUUGGAGCUUAACCCCAAAGGCUUGGCAUGCACUAUUUACCUCACUAACUGUAAUGAUGUGGAAAAGACACAGACAGAAAUCAUGCGUCAUCACAGCAGUAUCAGUGAGCUCAAGCGAAGCUUCAUGGAGUCAGUGCCCGAGCCCAGGCCCAGCGAGUGGGACAAGCGUCUGUCCACCCACUCGCCUUUCCGGACCGCCAGCAUCAACGGCCAGCAGCAGCCCGACUCUCCUGUGGUGAAGACGAAAACGAUCACCAUUUCUGAUGUCACCAACUCCCUUCGCAGCGAAAUCGCCUCCAAGGACAUCCCAGUUGUGCAUACAGAGACCAAGACCAUCACAUAUGAGUCUGCACAGCCCAACGCGCUUUCAGAGAAGGAGUCUGGGAUGCUGUUGAGUGCUCAGACCAUCACCUCAGAGACCGUCAGCACCACCACCACCACCCAGAUCACCAAGACGGUGAAAGGCGGGAUCUCAGAGACCCGUAUCGAGAAGAGAAUCGUGAUCACUGGAGACACUGAGAUUGACCAUGAUAAGGCUCUUGCUCAGGCUAUAAAGGAGGCGAAGGAGCAGCACCCUGACAUGUCUGUGACUAAAGUGGUUGUACAUCAGGAAACAGAGAUCACUCCUGAGUAACUCCGGCGUGAGACACAGGGUGAAAGAAAAGCGACCAGUCGGGUUUAUGAAUGUGAAAAUACAACGCAAGAUCCCUCACGACCAGCCCCUUCCCAUCAACCCACGGGUUCCCUCGCGGACAAACACUUCCUGUAGCAGCACAUGUCCCACCCAGUCAUUUCCAUCUGAGACACAUCUGUCAGGUCUCAAGCAACUCAUACUGCAAACUGAGCAUCCAGCAUCUGUCCAGCGUCCACACCUCAGGCAGACUUCUUCCAAAACCCUGCCUGACCUGCACCACGUCAAAGACAUUCCAUGAUGGACUGAACCAUGUUACAAAACCCUUUUCUAAAACAGUGGCUAAAGAGCAACUUUUUAUCUCAAAUUCAUACUGUGUUUGGUGGAUUCCAAAGGGUUAGUUCACAUUACAAUAACUGGGCGGCAGGAAUUUUCUUAAAGUGUCAUUUUGUUGUUGUUGUUAUUGAUUUUUUUUAUUUAAUAUUUCUUUGCAAUUGGUUGAUUAUCUGUCAUAAUCUGAAACAUUUAAAGGGCACGUUCACCCACCCAAAAUACAAAUUCGUCACCUAGUGAUGCAAAGCUGAAUUUUAGGAUUUUCUUGAUUAUCAACAUUCUUCUUUUGCAUUCCACACAAGAGAAAAUCAUAAAAAAUGGAUAAAUUGAUUAUAGAAUUUUUGGUGAACCAUUCCUUCGAAGUUCUAUAAUUCCAUAAUUUAAUUUCCGUUCACAUGCAUUCAAAUUUGACAGGUUUAUCAUAAAUGUUUGAACACACAAAUAAGAUUUGAGCAUUGCAGGGGAAGAUUUCAGUGAUUAAAUGGCAAUUGUUCCUUAAAAUCAUCAUAUGAUGUCGUAGGACUUGGAUUAUGGUACAUGAGGCACAUUACUGCUUUUUUGACUUUUAUGGUGCUCAUUUUUGGAACU